UGAGAGAAAAUCAAAAGAGUCAAUUUUUAUCACUUCUCGCUCUCUCUCUCCUCCUGUUUCUGUUCCCCCACCACCUUCAAUCUCAUCUUCCUUCAUAAAUUUCAUAUGGGUUUCUUUUCUUUUCUCAUAUACUCACUCUGACAUCAAAAAGUUUCAAUUUUUAUAUUCAUAACAUGGCUUUGUGUUUUCCUAUUCUUUUAACUUAACCCCUUUGUGUAUUUGGAACUGUGGGUUUUUUUGUUGUAAGGUUUGAUUUUUUUUUUUUUUUUGUUGAAAGUUGAUUUUUUUUUGGUGGUUGGAGAUGUUGGGUUCAGGGACAAAUUUAGUGACAACUGUUAUUGGAUUUGGCAUGAGUGCCACUUUCAUUGUUUUUGUUUGUACAAGAAUCAUUUGUGGAAGACUUAGAGGUGGUGUUGAAUCUAGGAUGAUGUAUCAGAUUGAAUCAAGAUAUGAUAUAGAACAGCCAGAACAUCAUGUUAAUGACCCUGAUCCUGAACCAGUUCUGCUUGAAGCAAUCCCCACUUUGAAGUUCAAUCAAGAGGCUUUCAGUUCCAUUGAAGAUACACAGUGUGUAAUAUGUUUGGCGGACUACAAAGAAAGAGAAAUAUUGCGAAUCAUGCCGAAAUGCGGCCACACUUUUCAUCUUUGUUGCAUUGAUAUAUGGCUGAGGAAACAAUCUACCUGUCCAGUAUGCCGUCUGCCGUUGAAAAACUCGUCCGAAACAAAACACGUGAGACCCGUUACAUUCACCAUGAGCCAACCUCUCGACGAGCCGCCACAUACAUCAGAAAGGAACGCGGAUAUUGAGAGGCACGUCGAACCUACUGCUGUUAACUCCAUACAACCAACUUCCGAAGAACCAGAAGCAAGGCAAUAGUGAUGUAAGAUGUCUAAAGGGAUUGUUCUGCUCUCAAAAAAUAGAUUAGUGAUCAUUUUCUGGUUCUAUAGAAGAAUGUUUUUAACUAGAUUGGAUUCAAAUUCUUUCUAUGUAUUAUUAUUGCUUCCAUAUUCACUUGGCCAUGUCAACAUUGGUUCUCUGCAGCAGAGAUGUAUAUAAUAUCUUUCCUUCUGCAGCAUAUGCUUGCCUAGGUUUUGAUGGAGUUUAUUUUACACCAAGUUUGAAGUUCUUUUGAUUGUAGCAUUGCCUCUAGGAAAGUCACUACUCUUAAGUUUGGUUCAAUUGACUUAUUUGCAUCCUUUUUUAAAUAGAAUUUUGCUUCUACAAAAAAAGGUCAUUUAUCCAAUGUUUGUUGAGGCACUUGCAAAAGGACAAUGGGCCAAACAUGGGGCUUCUCUGGACCUAGAUUACCUACAUUAGAAAACAACUAUAUUAAUGGAGUCAAUAAUUUGAGAAUUUUAUUUGGCAUGAGGUGCACCCCAACCCCUACACAUGUGCUGGCACCCCUACACAUGUGCUGAAAUAACUAUAUUGUAUUUUAACUAAAAUAGUAAAUUUGUCAAACUUAAUUACUUUUUA